CCUUCAAGAAAGGUGACGUUUUAACUUCAAGCUCACGGCAAGAAUUUUUCACUGCCCUCUUUGGAGGGAAGCACUUUCGAAAUUGUUACUUCGCUGUUUCAGAAUUUUCAGAACCGCUGACCUUGUUACUGCAUUCUCAGUUCCGGGCUGUGACAGGCUCAAAGGAAAAACAAGAGGUGAGAAGACUAUAUUUUCGGCCUCAUUUGGCUUUGACGUUCAACAGUGGCAAGUGGCGUUUUGCAGCCAUGCCUAAUUUUAAACUUGGAUUUGUCCUUAUAGUCCUUAUUCAGGCCUCUCUCUUAAGUGCUGUGAAAGAUGGUUUGUGUCCAAGGGCAACCCCAUACGGUCCCUGUGUUGUUACCUGUGGUGCUGAUGAAGACUGCAAUGGGUCACAGAAGUGUUGUAGUAAUGGCUGUGGUGCCUGGUGUCUGGAACCAAUGUGCCCCUCUGGUCAAAAACAUGUGAACUGCCCCGCCCAGCUGUGUAACUAUGCUGGAUGUCCUGACCAGCCUCAAGAGAGUUUGAGAUGUGUGGUGGAAUCCUGUGAUAAAUGUAGUGUAAGGUUCAUCAACAAGACAACAGGACAAACUGUGAAAUGUGGCCCAGUGGAAACUUUGUGUAAACGCAUGCUUGCUGCUACCCAGAGCAAGCCUCUUCUUCUUGGUCAGUAUGUCCCAAAGUGUGAUGCUGACGGGCAUUUUCAGAAGGUGCAGUGUCAUGAGGGAUACUGCUUUUGUGUUGACAACAGAGGAAUACCAGAUUUCUCCACCAUGUCAAGAUCUAUGCCCAAGUGCCCAGAGUUAACGCUGUGCCAAAAGAAAAAGCAAGAAGCUGAGAAACUUCCCCCCAUUGGCCGCUUUGUACCCCAGUGUAAAAGUGAUGGUUCUUUUGAGGAGAAGCAGUGCCAUGCAUCAACUGGACAGUGCUGGUGUGUGGACACAAAUGGACAGGAGUGGGGUGGAACACGAACAAGAGGAGAUUUAGACUGCACAAGAACUGUGUGCCCAGCUGCAGUUCAGGAACUACAUUGUGAUCCAAUGUUGUGCAGUACGAAAUCAUGCCCUGGUCAGAAAGAUGCAACUUGCAGGGUGAAUUCGUGUGGCAAAUGUGAGGCAGAGUUCCUUGAUAAGAAUGGCAGGAAGGUUGACUGCUUUUCCAAGUGCCAGAAACAGCGACUUGAGGCCCUUGGUACCCACUCACUGGAUGAAAAACCAGAACACCCUAUUGUCGGACGCUUUGUACCACAGUGUGCGGCAGAUGGCAGUUAUGAGGAAGUGCAGUGUUAUGGCUCCACUGGUUACUGUUGGUGUGUAGAUGUGGGUGGAAAUCCCGUUGAUGGAACCAUGACUCGAGGCUUGCCGCAUUGUAACAAGACAGCUCUUGGAGUCUGUUCAGGCAAACCCAUGUUUACCUGUUUGCGCAACUUCUGUCAGUGGUCCACCUGCCCCGCCCAUCCUGAAGCAAAAUGUCGUGUGAACCCCUGUGGAGGAUGCAAAGUAGAGUUUGUUGACAAGAGUGGUAAAGUGGUCAACUGUGAUGAAGGUAAAUCAAAAUGUCAAUUGCAUAAGGCCAAAGCCUUGUCAUUCAGCAGCAAUGGCCUGCAGCCUGUUGGCAGGUUUGUGCCACAGUGUGAGGCUGAUGGAAGUUAUUCAAAGAUACAGUGCUGGGCAUCCACUGGCUAUUGCUGGUGUGCUGAUAAGAAUGGCGCAGAGUUAGAAGGAACAAGGGUGCGUGGAAAGCCCAACUGCCCUUCUGGACGAUCAAAACGAUCUAUCAAGGAAGGCUUCUGUCCAGUCAUCAAAGAGCCCAGGACUGGAUCAUGUACAAGCAAAUGCAGCUCUGACAAUGAUUGUAAAGGAAUGCAGAAGUGCUGCAAUGUCACAGGAUGUGGUAAAACCUGUCAGGAACCCUAUUUCAUGACCUGUCCUGGAAGUGGACACCCAUUCUUGCUAUGUCUGCACAUGUGUCAGCUAGCAAGAUGUCCUGCAUAUCCAGAUGCCACCUGCUUCUCAGAUCCAUGCAAGAUGUGCAAGGUAGAGUUCCGAGACAAACAAGGAAACGUUGUGAACUGCACCAAAGGUCUAACUCCAUGUCAAGCACGUCAAAAGCUGUCAACUGGCCUUCUUGGUGAGUUUGUUCCAAAGUGCAAAAGCGAUGGAAGCUUUGAACCAGUUCAGUUCCAUGAAGGCUACUACUGGUGCGUUGAUACAGAUGGAAAGGAAGUGAAUGGCACAAGGAAGCACUUACAGAAACCUACAUGUGCAGCACAACUGAAGAGCGAUCUCACAUUGUGUCAGUUGCAGAGGCUACAAAGUGGUGAGAAACUGCUUGGUCGUUAUGUGCCACAAUGCAAGAAGAACGGCAGCUUUGAGGAAGUUCAGUGCCAUUAUUCCACUGGUUAUUGUUGGUGUGUUAAUACACGGGGCUGGGAGAUCAAAGGAACAAAAGUCAGGGGAAGACCAAGCUGCACUAAAGUGUGUGACCCUGUAUUGUGCAGAAUGUACUGUGAGUUUGGUUGGGCUAAGGGUCCAGAUGGCUGUGAUAUGUGCAAGUGUAAGGAGGCGCCAUCCAAACCUGGCUUCUGCCCAGCUGUUGAAUCAGAUCAACUUGGUACAUGUGAAGAAGAAUGCGGUAAUGAUGAUGAUUGUGAAGGAAACCAGAAGUGCUGCUCCAAUGGCUGCGGUCAUGUCUGUACUGCCCCAGAAUACAAAGCCAAGCCAGGUCACUGUCCAGCAGUUGACAUCCAUCAUGUUGGUAUUUGCACAAGUGAAUGCAGCUCAGAUCGUGACUGUCAGGGAAAUACGAAAUGUUGUAGUAACGGCUGUGGUCGUAUCUGCAGUGCUCCUGUGCGACAAGCUUGCCCCCGUGGUGCCCCAUUCAUGCUGUGUCUGGCCAAUCCCUGUGAAGGAUCAAGCUGCCCGGCCAACCCUAAAGCCAAGUGCCGUGCGAACAGCUGUGGGCAAUGCACACCUCAGUUCUUUGAUGACAAUGACAACUUAGUUGAUUGUGCAGCGAGUGCAACCAACUGUCAGAAAGAGUAUUUAGAGGCAACCAGUAGCCCUGCACUAGUUGGGCGGUUCAUUCCAAAAUGUCGCGCUGAUGGUUCAUAUGACUCCAUGCAGUGCCAUGGUUCUACUGGCUUCUGCUGGUGUGUAACUAAAGAUGGAAAAGAAAUCCCUAACACCAAAAUCCGAGGAAUACCAAAGUGCGUGACUAAAUGUCAGAGAGAGUAUUUAGAGGCAACGAGUGGCCCUGCACUAGUUGGGCGGUUCAUUCCAAAAUGCCGGGCUGAUGGUUCGUAUGCCGCCAUGCAAUGCCAUGGUUCUACUGGCUUCUGCUGGUGUGUAACUAAAGAUGGAAAAGAAAUCCCUAACACCAAAAUCAGGGGACAACCAAAGUGCGAGGCGAGUGCAAUGGCAUUUAGUAUCGGCCCUACAUGUGAUGACGGCACACCGUGGAAACUAUGCACCGAUGCUUGUAAGAAAGCGUCUUGUACCAAAAACCCUGAAGCUAAAUGUGUGGCACCUGUGGGAGGAUGUGGAACCGAUGCCUGUAAACCAAAGUUCUAUGACAACAUGGGGAGGGAAGUGCAGUGUCUCACAGAAUGUCAACAGAAAGCCUAUCAAGCCACACAUCCCCAGCGUAUUGGAGCUUUCAUUCCUGAGUGUAACGCUGAUGGCAGCUAUGCGCGUGUGCAGUGCUGGGGUUCCACUGGAUACUGCUGGUGUGUGUCAGAGGAUGGAACGGAAUGGCCUGGGACUAGAGUAAGAGGAAAACCCAAUUGUGAUGUCAACCAAGGUCCACAACUUUUGAGUAUCCAUGUUGGGCUCACAUUCAAUUACAGCUUCAGUUUAGUGAAGAAUGUUACGAGCAAAUUUAAAGAAUCUCUCAAGUCACAGAUAAUUAACAUGUUUAAACUGAAGAACGAACAGCUACAAGCCCUCGAGGUGCAGGAGGGCAGCAUCUUGGUUGGAUUCAGCGUUGAGCCAUACAGCGGAGGAAGAGAUCUGAGUGAAUUUGCUGAUGAUAUCACUGAAAAGGCUCGCAAACACGACCUGGUAAUCCAGUUCAGCGGUAUUGCCAUGGUCGCCGAACCCAACGUCAUGUUGGCCUCACCCAUGUAUGUCGAGGAAAAAACUGUCUCUAAACAACAAGAUGACAGUGCGGGGAAAGGCGUUUCCGUCAUUGGUGUGGCGUUCAUUGCUGUCUUCUGCACUUUGGCUGUAGUUGCUGUAGCACUUGUAACAUUUAAGUUGAUUCAGAAAAAACGAAAGAACUCCGGUCUUGAGGAGAGGGCCAGCAUCAUUUACACUGAAGGAGGCGCAGAGUUAAACACCACACUCUCAGACGCCUGAAUUUGGACUCAACUCAUAACCGGAUGUGUCUUAACUACUGAUUGCUCUUCUACAAUGGACGACUCUACCUUCUCCGUGGAGUUUGCUAGCAACCUAACGGAGUAGCUAGGUCACGCUGGGAUCAUGAACAUAGUGUUGUGAACGUGAUUGCGUGACAUUAAAGAUCAGCAAUGCUAUCAAGGCUGCGUGAUUUACCUUCCCACGUGUUGGAGAAUUUACCAAUAGGAUGUAAUCACCAGAAACCAUGAACUGUAAUUAAAUAUUUUCAUUUGCAUUCUCUACGGUUGGAAAUAAUUAUAAAGAAGUACCAGAUAUAUUUUUUUAAGAAAUUGAAAUAAAUGACGAAC